AUGAAUCUGACCCCAAGAUCACAGACCGGGAACAACCUCCAUGAUUCUCGCAAAAGACACAAACGACCCCGACAAUCCCCAAUCAAGCCCGAGUCGCCGGAUGAGAAUCAUCGUUUCCCAAAACUUGCACUUUCAAUGGGCUCGCACCAGAAUGACCUGGUCCCGCCGUCCGGCUUGCACCGUCUACCUCGACCACCAACCUUGCCAAAUCCCCUUCCUCCCCCGCCGGCUGGAUGGCAGGGCGAGCAGAUGACCGAGUGGCUGCGAGCCAAAGCUGAGGAAGAUCGUCGCAAACAGGCUGAGGAGAGGACGCAGCAGGAGAGUUUGAUCCUAGAACAGCGCCGUAUUGAGCAGUCCAUGCUGGCUGAUUGCUUGAGGGCUGGGGUGCCGCCGCAUUUUCUUCCCUUGAUUUUCGCCGCUUUUCAGCAUACUUCUGCUGCUGUUCAAGGUGCUGCGACAGUGCCGCCGUUGUCUUCAGUUCCUGAGUUCCAGCACUUGUCGGCGGCGACUAGAGCUGCUCAGGCUCCAGCUCAAUCUCAGCCUCCACCUCAAGCUUUAGUUCAAUCUCAAACGCCUUCUUUUCCGGCUCCAGUUCAGCAGCAGAGCUAUCAGGGACCAAUUUCUUCCAUGAUUCCGCCAUCCCAGGCUCAGCAGCCAGCGCAAGCGCAAGCACAGCCAGUGCAGCAAUCACCUGGUUUCAGACACUCGUUCCCCAUCAUUGGCCCUGACUCUCGCCUGCCUCGAUCGACGGAGCCCCAAGGUCAAUCUCAAUCAUAUGGUGCACGAUACAUGACUACUGCACCGCCUCAUUUUCCACCUCCUCCCAGUUGGGCAUGGGACUAUCGACAACCACCACCUCUUUCUUUCCACCAUUGGACUCCGCCUGAGAGUCUGCCAGCUCAAUCGCAAUCUCAGUCACAAUCACAGAAUCCAACAAUCCCAGCACAUGAUCCUUCUGCACCCCCAAAACCACCUGCAUCCACCCCCUGUCCCGAGCAAAACUCUCCGGUCCACAAGCGGAAAGAUGAGAGACCUCAUCAAAAAGUGCCUCCUCCCUCGUCUCGCAUACCUGAUUCUUCUACCAGGCGUCAAGAUUCAAGCGAUAGCUCACGCAGAAUUUGGUCGCAGUCUCAUCGGCGUCAGACCAGUGAUGUAUCUAGCACAGGAGCUCAUGGUAACGACGAGGGCGAGUCUUCUGAGCAACAUUCCGAAUUAACUCCUGUUCCCACGGACUUAUCGAGUAUUCAUAACACUUCCGACUCUGCUCGAGGUACCAGCCAGUCUAUCCAAGAUCCCAAUGUGGGAAGUCAGAAUGCGUCCUCCACACGUCAGUGA